UCAGCAUUAUUAUUGACUAACAUCAAGAGGAGUGCGCGGUACUUUAAUUUGAAUAAUUCAGUCAACACCAGCAGCAGCAAUAAAUUGCACAUCACUCUUAAUCCUCGACAACAAACUUAUUGAGUGUAUAAAAUUGUCAUCAUCAUACCACUCAUACUCUAGAGACCAAAACCAAAAAAAAAAGAAAUCAUAUAAUAAAAACCAUAAAUACCGAAAAAAAUAAAAAACCGUAUAUCAUUAUGACAAAUUGGGGAUUUUACAAUACACAUCUACCCCCAGCAGAUUUUGAGGAUAAUCGUUCAUUAUUGAAAGAAUUUUGUGAACGACACAAUAAACUACAAAACAGAAUCGUCCUUGUAACAUCAGGUGGUACAACCGUCCCAUUGGAGCACAAUAUACGUUUUGUUGAUAAUUUUAGUGCCGGUACACGUGGCUCUUCCUCAGCCGAAUAUUUCCUCGAUCACAAUUAUGCCGUGAUCUUUAUGCAUCGCCAAAAGUCCCUCGAACCCUUUACACGUCACUUUACGGGGCAACAAUUUUUCGAUAUGCUCGACAUUACCGACAAUGGCCAAAGUACCUCAAUCACUGUUAAACCCGAUUCCGUGGAUGUAUUUGCACCCAUCUUGGCCAAAUACAAACAGGCACGUGAAUCACAAAUGAUUUUGUAUGUCAGCUUUACCAGUGUCGUCGACUAUAUGUGGCUGUUGCGUGCCGCCUGCGAAUGUUUGGCAGCAUUUGAGGAGAGAGCGGUCUUGUAUUUGGCAGCAGCUGUAUCAGAUUUUUACAUUCCCCAAGAUAUGAUGCCCACUCACAAAAUGCAGUCGGGUGAAGGUGCUCCUACAAUUUCGUUACAAUUAGUGCCAAAAAUGUUGGCACCUUUGGUCAGUCUCUGGGUGCCACAUGCAUUUGUUGUUUCAUUUAAAUUGGAAACAGAUGAAAAUUUAUUGAUUACAAAAGCUCGUGAUAGUUUGAGUAAAUAUAAACAUAAG